CCCAGACCCUGGUGGGUUUCAGUUAAUCGUGGAGAGACUGAAACAUCGGAAGGAUUUUGUUGUGUUGCUUCCCAAAGGGCCCAGGCUCAGGCCACAGGAGAUGGUGGAGUGGGGGCCUUUUCCAAAUGCGGACACCCGGGGACAGCUGUCACACCUGCUGCUUCUGGAGAAUGAAUCCAAGCAUCCCAAAGGUGACCCGGGACAGCCCAGCACAGGGUGAAAAGGGGUCCACCCUGAACAAGGAGGAGACUGUCAGAGGCAGGACCCUCAAGCCAGGCACCCUGAGGAAGCUGGUGAACCAGCUGGUGCCCGCGCAUCGCCGUGCGGACCCCUUCUUCGUGCCCGCGUUCCUGUGCACCUACAGGAGGUUCGCCAGCACGCAGCAGGUGCUGGACCUGCUGUUCCUAAGGUACGGGUUCUUCCACCCCAACUGUGAGGAGGACAAGCAAAACAAGAGUGCCCUGUGCUCCAUCCUGGAGACCUGGUUGGCCCAAUACCUGGAGGACUUCUGCCAGUGUCCAGACCUGGCCAGCCUGAAGCAGCUCAUGGCCUACACGCUCAUCAACCUGCCGGACUCGGACAUCGUUCUGCAAGUGUGCACCCUCCUGAGCCAGUUGGAUCCCCUCUGAGUAAGACUCCGAGGGUCAGAACUGCCUUCCGAAGCAGCAGCCAUCAAGAGACCCCCAGGAGCAGGGCGAGGGCGGGAGCCUGCACCAGGAUCUGUGCCACCGCGGGAUCUGGAGCCAGCACGGGCAGCAGCAGCUGGGCCUGACUCCAUACACCUGGCGGGUCCUGGUCCUGCUGCAGGGCGUCUCUGUCUCCAACUCUCAGGCCUCCCCACCAUGCAGGGCUCCCUCCCCUCACCUGAGAAAGUCACCUCUUGGUUUUUCCUGUUUCCCUGUCUGU